AAUUGUUGGCGCUGCAUUGGGCUUCUGUUAUUGUAUGCGACGCAUGACCUAUAGGAUGUGCGAACGUGCUGGCGACGAGAAGGCGGCCCCAGAACCCGGCGGCACAAGGCAAAGUCCACCGCGGCGUCGGUCGAUUUUAAAAGCUACUGGACGAGUCGUCGAAAGUGGGGACUCAAAUUCGAUGAACGGCCCUCCACUUCAAUGGCCAAGGAAGAGGGUUACCUUCCUGGAAACACCCCAUGUCGGGUCGUCGACGGCCGAACUGUCAGAAAUGCAUAGCUCCAGCUGUGGGUCUGGCAGGGCUCGUCGGGACAUCAUUGAGCAUAGUGUUGACCAGGCAAGCAGUCAUGUCCCUUUUGAGGGACUGAACGUCGCAGCCCCCAAUGCUGGAGCUCCUGGAGAGAGGAAUCUUGACGGUGCUGCUGAAGACCCACACGAGCCUGUGGCUUCCUUGAAUGCCACCAUCGGGAACAAGAGUAGCAUGAAUUCCUGCCACUGUCCGGCUUUCAUGCGUGUACCUGCCAGUGCUGAGGUGGGCGUUGCUGCAUAUGUGGCAGAGUUCACUGAUGCAGUGCCACAGGACCUCCCGGUUCCAAGUGAAAUGACUGCUCCUUCAUUUUUAAAAGCCGCUCCAGCGGACAAACCGACAGAGAAGCUGUCCCAUGUCGAACGUGCGACUUCGAGCACAGCGCCCUUAAGACCCAAGCCUUUGAAAGGCAACACAAACGUGAGCAUGAGGGGCUCCGAAUGUAAGUACCUCAAUGCUCGUACAUUGCAUGUCAAUGCCCUGACUGGCAAAGAUAGCCGUGCUUACAAGCAUCUUGCUAGCCCUAUCGCUAAAAGAAGUGACAUAGGAGUUUUGGGCCCAACAAGAAUGGCAAGCGGAUUGCCAUCGUCAAUAUCAAAGUGCUGGAAUGCUGCUUCAAAGGUGAAUCUGACUGCUCCGACCGAGAUGUUCAACUCUUUGAUUGACUCGGCUGGAAACCUUUCUAACGCAACAGCACAGCUGGAGAGACCUUCUAAAUAUGUUGGCUCACUGUCGCUUUUGGCUGACGUUUUCUCUCCUGAAAGGGUUGCCAAGGAAAAUGCAGAUGCACGGCGCGUCAGUACGAGUGCAUGUAAAAGUCUGACCAAAGCCCAGCAGCAACCAAGUGCCAGUCAUUCGCAACUUGCGACAGAUCGAGGCCAGCACCCAACAGAUAAUGGUGACAUUGGAGCAGAUGUCGACAAGAUUUCGGCUCCAGAUGGGGAUGCUCAACGAGACCAAGUUGUUGCCGGUCUUUCGUUUUCCAAGAAAGGUUUGCCUGUGAGAGCCACGAGUGCUGAUGUCUCCGAACCGAACCUCGGGUCAGUGCUCAAGCACCUUGAUAUUGCGCUCAAGAAAAACAGUAUGGAGAUGUCGACAACUAUGAUAGAUAGGUGUCCGCAACCCAACGCUACUAUCUGUUCACCCGUGACUGGUCGUAAUGCUACCUUUGCUCCUGGCACGCAGCCUGCCAGUGCAAGCUUAGCAUGUCAGCACAACAUUGAACCCGUCCGGAAGAGUGCAACAUUUCUACUGCCGUCUGCAAAGAAUGCAAGGCCCAGUGCCACAUUUGCUGUCUUGUCUCCUGCCUGCGGAGUCAUUUGCAUUGAAGAUAGCACCACUGUGGACGAUGGCAACAGAGAUGGACCUCUCAUACCAGUAGAUCCUCGUCCCUCGGCGGCCCGUCUCUUGGUGAAGGCGUCUGCUGCGACAGCGUACCGAUUGGACAACACUCGCAGAGACCAAAGUGCCGCCCUUUCGAGGUCUAGGAAAAAAUUGGAGUUUACUGAAAUCAGGCCACAGCUUCCCAAAAACAGUAAAGGAAGCGAUUGUGGUGGUCGUGUUGCCGAAAGCUGCAGAGAAGACGCUUGCCAAAACAUGCCAACUGUCUCUGGCUCGAGGACGCCAUGUUCAGACAUGUCCCGCUGUCGGACUUGUCCCGACUAUGUUGAUGCCUCCUCUUAUAAGCUGCAUGGUACGUCGUCGGCUUCAUUGACUGUGUUCCAACGUUCCACCGGAGGCCGCUCCAAUGAUGUAGAGAUGCUGAUGGACAUCCUAGAGCCAUCCCUCGUCACGAACAGUCCAGCAACUUCCUCUGUGGACAGCUUGCAACCCUCCAGGAGCAAUGAGAUCGCUGUCCAGCCGGUGAGCCAUGUGGAAGUUGAGGAGCGCCCCAGCGAAGCAGCGCUGGCACCAUGUACUGGUGUCUGCAUUCCGGCCAGCAUGUUUUACUCCUCUUCUGGGAAAAAGCGGAGCAAGCCAUUGAUUCCUUCUUCAAUGUCAUCGGACAAGUGCAGGUCAACAAAAAAGAAAAGGCAGCUGGCACAGGCGGGUGUGAAAUCCGGCGGCUCAAGCCGCCAGCUCUGCUCACCUGCAUCGACCGGCAAAAAGCGGCAGAAAGUGGUAAAGGAGGGGCGUACUGCGGCCAAGGCGGUGCGAAAGGCAACCGCUGGUGAAGCAAGUGCUCGCAAGACAGCGCAGCACAGAAGCGAAUCAACGGCAAGUACUGAGAUAGACAUCUUGCGGUCUGUUUUUUCGUACAGACCAAAGCUACGAAGCCUACCUCCAUCUCCUGUGGCCAGCUCGAGUCCCAAAGAUAGCCCAAAUCCACUGGCUCGCUUGAAGUGUCCUGAGGGCUUAGUUUUGCCAGACAACUUCCUGUUGUCAGCUGACCCGAAUUCCUUGGCUACCUUGAGUCCUGUGCAAGCAAGGCCCUCUCUGAACUUGGACAACGUAAACGCUUUGGCAGCCUUGUCAGCUGAAAAGGAUAAACACACGGAUGGUUCUCUCUUCGAAAUUCCGGAUCCACAGCUUGACCUCACAGCUAACGUCGACAUCCUCGGAAUUAUUGACCGCCUCGAUGACACAAAUGUGAAUGAGUCGCUGUACUGGAGCUUCCAUGAGAUUCCCGCAGAGUCUCUGAAAGAGUGGCAGCUAUAUGUUUGGCGCUUGGAAGCUGACAAAGCAGUCUUCACUUACAUCAAAGGCAGUCUCAAGUUAGUGCUGAAACUCGGUGACUAUGUCAAGCUACCCGACACCGAGGACAAGCUGGUGCUAGCCCGAGCAGCAUGUGGUGGAGAAGUUCGCCGGCGCGUCAAGCGCAUUGCGAGUCUGCGCUACGAAGUCACGUGUAAGCCGAAUGCUCAGUUCAACGAGUACAUGUUAAAUCACCGCCUUCCAGAAAUGCACAAGACGGACGAGCUACUGAAGCAGUACCCCACCACAGACUGCUUAGCAAAGCUGCUGGGAGAGGUGGGAAGCUUCUUCGCAAGCUAUUGGCCAAUCACCCGGGACAUAUCCAUCAUCGCCAGGCGUCACCACCGUGCCUUUGUGUACCCCGUGCUCUCAGUCCAGAUUAUCGGCUCUCGCCGCCUAAUCUGGUUCCACCUUGACCUCCCGUUCGACAUAGACACGUACCCGAACGCUGUGAUCGUGCCAUCAAUGCGUCCGUACUCGGACGAGUAUGACGUAAUCCCGACGGAGAAGAUACGCCGGAUCACUGCACGCGUCAACCCUGGUCCCAAGUACUUGGUUCGACUGGUUGACGAGAUUCAGAGCUUCGUGGGGAUAUGACUGCCAAAAGUUGUCGACCUGGCUUGCAAGCUGGUUUGGAGUUUGUAUAAAUUAACAGUCUCGGUG